AUGUCAUUCCCAGGUGUGCUACACAGCUACAAAUCAGAUCAAGUAGCUUUCGAAUUUACUCCCACGUCAUUGAGCAAAGUGAUUAUUUUCAUCGGAGGUCUGGGCAAUGGACUCUUCGGUGUGUCUUACAUUCAAAAUGUGGUAAAAGAACUAGGUCCGUUGGGAUGGUCUGUGAUACAGAUUCAGAUGACCAGCAGCGGUAAGGGAUGGGGACUUUCCUCGCUCCACAAAGACAUUGAGGAGAUCAAGGAUCUCGUAGAAUACUUGAAAAGUCCUUCAGGGGGAUCUAGAGAUAAAAUUGUACUUUUUGGUCAUUCUACUGGCUCUCAGGACACCAUACACUACCUUUUGAAUCACGGCAAUACCGUCGAUGGUGGCAUCAUGCAGGGGUCUGCAUCUGACAGAGAAGGCUUUAGUCGAAUUGUAGAGAAACAAAAAUGGGACAGAAUGAACGCUCAAGCCAGAGAAAUGGUAGAAAAGGGACAGCAGAAUGAUCUUUUGCCCUCCGAAUUUGCUGAAGUCAUGUUCAACACCCCGAUCACAGCAUACAGAUGGUGUUCCUUGACACUCCCUGGUGGGGAUGACGAUUACUUUUCGUCCGAUCUAUCGGAAAAGCAUCUGAAGACAACUUUUGGUAAGAUCCAAAGACCCUUUUUGAUGGCCUACUCUGAACUGGAUCAAUUUGUGCCAAGUUUUGUUGACAAGCAAAAAUUGCUGCAAAAAUGGGCCUCCAGCAGUGACCCGAUGUACUAUUCCAAGCACUCGGGAAUUAUUAAAGGCGCAAGUCAUGAAGUUGCCCAAGAAGAUGCGAGAUCCUACAUGUGUGAAAUGGUUAGAAACUUCCUGCAAGAAUUCGACCUCUAA